GUCACCUGCAAAGCUGCCAUCACCUUCUUCCAGUACUCGGUGCUGGCCAACUUCUGCUGGCUGCUGGUGGAGGGGCUGUACCUGCAGACGCUGCUGCUGCUCACCUUCACCUGCGAGCACAGCUACACCUGGGGCUACGUCCUCAUCGGCUGGGGUGUCCCCAUGGCCGCCGUCGGGCUGUGGGUGCUCGCCAGGCUCCGCUACGACAACCACGGGUGCUGGGAUGACUACUCCAGCCCGUCCUGGUGGCUGAUCAAGGCUCCCAUCCUCCUGGCCAUAUUUGUGAACUUCCUCAUCUUCCUCAACGUCACCAGGAUGCUGGCGCACAAGAUCCGCUGCCCCGAGCUCAGCAGGACCCACAAGCAGCAGUUCAUGAGGUUGACCAAGUCCACACUGCUGCUGAUCCCGCUCUUCGGGGUGCACUACGUGGUGUUUGCGCUGUUCCCUGAGCACGUGGGCRUGGACGCCCGGCUCUACUUCGAGCUGGUGCUGGGCUCCUACCAGGGCUUCCUGGUGGCUCUGCUCUACUGCUUCCUCAACGGGGAGGUCCAGGCCGAGGUCAGGAGGAGCUGGGGCGAGUGGACACGGUCCAUGGAGAGCAAUGUCUUCAACCUGGCCACCCAGGACUUCACCGCAUGA